GAGCCUUUCUGGAGUUUUCACGUCCCAGAAGACAGGAAAUCCCCUUUGGAAAUCCUUCUAGCAGCAGGGCCCACGGCCCUUUGCGCGCGCCCCCUGUGGGUGACGACCGUGCCCUCGGGUUUCGGGUUCCCGGGUUCGGGGUGCGGGCGGCCCCGCCCUCCACCCGCUGGGCCCGCCCAGCUCCUUGACGCGGGCGCCCUGCCAGAGGGUCCGCGGCUCUCCACGGAGGACCAUGGCGAGGCUGAGCUGGGGAUACGGAGAGCACAACGGUCCUAUUCACUGGAAUGAAUUUUUCCCCAUUGCUGAUGGUGAUCAGCAGUCUCCGAUUGAGAUUAAAACCAAAGAAGUAAAAUAUGACUCCACACUCCGGCCUCUCAGUAUCAAGUAUGAUCCUACCUCAGCUAAAAUCAUCAGCAAUAGUGGCCAUUCCUUCAAUGUUGACUUUGACGACACAGAGGACAAAUCAGUUCUGCGUGGAGGUCCUCUCACUGGAAGCUACAGGCUGCGGCAGUUCCACCUGCACUGGGGGUCAGCAGAUGAUCAUGGCUCUGAGCACGUGGUAGAUGGAGUGAGGUAUGCCGCAGAGAACAUCAGGAGACAGCAGGAACUUAAUGGUCAUUGUCUUGUUUGCAUUUUGCGGCUCCAUGUUGUCCACUGGAAUUCAGAUAAAUACCCCAGUUUUGUAGAGGCAGCUCAUGAGUCGGAUGGGUUGGCUGUCCUGGGAGUAUUUCUACAGAUUGGGGAGCACAAUCUUCAACUGCAAAAGAUCAUUGACAUUUUAGAUUCCAUUAAGGAGAAGGGGAAACAAACCCGAUUCACAAAUUUUGACCCGUUGUCUCUGCUUCCACCAUCCUGGGACUACUGGACAUACCCUGGUUCUCUGACAGUUCCACCUCUUCUUGAAAGUGUCACAUGGAUUGUUUUAAAGCAACCUAUAAAUAUAAGCUCUCAACAGCUGGCCAGAUUCCGAAGGCUCUUGUGCACAGCUGAGGGUGAGGCUGCGGCUUUUCUGUUAAGCAAUCACCGUCCGCCACAGCCUUUGAAGGGCCGAAGAGUGAGAGCAUCUUUUCAUUAGCAGCCAGCAGUGGGUCAGCCCCUCCGGGAACACAGAGGUCACCCAUAAAACAGCUCAGACGUUCCUACUGAUGGCUUUUCUAGACUUUCAGGUUUAUGCUUUCCCAGCGGCUUCUGCACCACAAAGAAAACCAGCGGUCUGACAUAACCUAGCUCCUCACGCCUAGAUUUUCACCAAAGCAUGUCCAAUCAGUAAACACUGUUGAAUGCAUAUUAAAACCACAGAGUACAUCUGCUUCAGCCUUUAUGACAAACCUCAACCUUGUUGUAGCCUUUGGCUGACCCUAUCUCAUUUAAUAGUGUUUGGUAAAAACUUAAAAUUCACUUUGAAAUGGUAUGAAUUUCUAAAUAAUCAGUUCUUACAGUUUUGAUAUUAUCCUGAUUAAUCAAGAGUAUAUGUUUCCUUUAAUACAUUUUUUUUCUCAGA